GAGACGGUGUGAUAGAGCCGCCUACGACCACAUCAAGGAGGAAAAAGAAAAAAGAAAAAAGAAAAAAGACGCCUUUUUUCCAAUGAUUUUCAUGUAAAAAGUCUUCUCUUCUUCUCUCCUCUUUCUCUUCGUUUCCCCCAUUCUUCUCUUAUGGCUUCAAAAUAGCUCUAAAAUUCCUCUAACCCUACUAUUCUGAACCCCUUCUAAACGUGGAUUACAUAUAUAUACAUAUAAGGCUGACACUUCGAAAAAUUUGGAUGAAUCGAGGCGAUUCUAAGUGGGAUUUUGCUAGAUCUGUUUUUUGUUUUAGUGUUAUUUUAUUUGAAGAACGCAUUUGCCAUAUUGGAGUAAGGGUGUGAAUAUGAUAGAUGCUUCACAAUUUCACUCUUAGGAUGCUGAUUGAUGGGUAUUAAAUGUUUUGGUGUUGCUUUUGGAAUCAUUGGGGAUGUUUUGUCUAAUUGAUGGAUGAUGACCAUUCAAUGGAUAGUGCUGUCGAUCAAUUGUCUCGCGAGCAAGUUCAGCGCCUCUACAACAAGAAUGUUGAGUUGGAGAAUAAACGUAGAAAGGCAGCACAAGCUAGAGUUCCUUCUGACCCAAGUGCAUGGCAACAAAUGCGAGAAAACUACGAAGCUAUCAUCCUUGAGGAUAAUGCCUUCUCAGAACAACAUGAAAUAGAGUAUGCCUUGUGGCAGUUGCAUUACAGGAGAAUUGAGGAAUUGCGCGCACACUUCAAUGCUGCUGUAAAUUCUAAUGUGUCAACCAAUUCUCUGAAUGGGAAAGUUCCCCAUCAUAGUGGACCUGAUCGCGUCACAAAGAUCAGAACACAGUUUAAAACUUUUCUUUCAGAAGCAACAGGAUUUUAUCAUGAUUUGAUGCUAAAAAUUAGGGCUAAGUAUGGCCUGCCGCUGGGAUAUUUCUCUGAUGAUCAAGAAAAUCAGAUUCCUUCCUCUAAAGAUGGUAACAAAUCUGUGGAGGUGAAGAAAGGAUUGAUAUCCUGCCAUCGUUGUUUGAUUUAUCUUGGCGAUCUUGCUCGGUACAAAGGCUUAUAUGGUGUGGGUGAUUCCAAAGCUUGUGAUUUUGCGGCUGCUUCGAGUUAUUACCUGCAAGCUUCUUCACUUUGGCCUUCUAGUGGCAAUCCUCAUCACCAGCUUGCAAUACUGGCUUCCUAUUCCAAUGAUGAGCUUGUGGCUAUUUAUCGCUAUUUUCGCAGUCUUGCAAUAGAAAGCCCUUUUGCCACGGCAAGGGAUAACUUGAUCAUUGCAUUUGAGAAGGUAAACUGCCUAUUGAGAAGAUAUUUCAAGAUUUUGCUGGUAGUUUGGUUAAGAUCCUAGACAGCUCUUUCUUUUUUUCUCCUGUAUUUA